AUGAUCUACAACAGCAUUCACAGCUUGUGUUUGCAAGACUCUCCACGGAACCACACUCUGCAGUUAGGGUACUGCGACCUCAAUGCCGACCUUCAACAAUGGCUCUGGAAAGACCAGCAGAUGCUGGAGAAUAAUGUCACGAAGACAUGCCUGUCUUCGCAGCAGGACAGCCCUGUCCUCACUGCUCCGUGUGACGGCAGUGACGUCCUCCUCUGGCAGUGCCAAGGCAGUCGGCUCAUGAACCACGACAGAUCCCUGGAGCUCACCACCGACGGAAGCCGCCUCUUCCUGGCCAGAGGCAACAAACUGUCCAAAUGGAAAUCUAUUGAAAUUGGCGACAUUUGCAAGGAGCGUCAACGAUCAAAAAGGGCUUCUGAUGACUCUGACCACUUGACGGUGCCAGACGCUGAACCUCCACAGAAGGAGAUGUCUGAGGAGCUUAUGACCCUUGAGCAGAGAGAGUUCCUUCGAUGGUAUUAUCGCACAGAGGACACGUCUUCCUGGAAGUACGCCAUGCUGGCUCUGUCCUACGGGGCACUCCUCAUUGGCUGCGGGCUUCUAGUCACAGGACUAACAAACAACAGGAGCAGAAAGCAGGCCAGAGUCCAGACCACAGAAGGGGAGGAGCUUCAGAGAAUGACCGGGGUCAGGCAGGUCGACGGGCCCCCAACAGAGAGGCACCAAUCAGAGGAUCUGACAUUCAGGUGUGGGGAGAAGAAUGGGCUGACCCUGAACCCUGGGCUUCGAGAAGAGGACGUCUGAUUGGUCAGUUGGCACAGAGUGGACUUCAUGCAAAGACUCUUCAUUCGUCAGAUACUCGAAAGAGGAAGAUUAGAGGGCGGAGCUUAGAGAUGUUGCCUUGUGUUUAUAACUGUACUCAUUUCUGAAUCACCUGAGGUAAAGA